CUUAAUAAGGCCGAAACAAACGCCUUAAGAGAGGACUUAGAAAUGAGGAACAGACAGUUGGAGGAGGCGAAUAAAAAGAUCGAGGCUCUUAAAAACGCAGCAAGAGGUAACGGUAAAGAGUCACACGAGAAAAGAGAGACCCAAGCAUAUACUGCAAGGCCAAAAGACAGCCGAUGUCAUAGAUGCGGCGUGUUCGGCCAUUGGGAAGGAGAUUGUAACAUACCGCAAAGCCACUGGAUCUGUUACAAAUGUAACAUGAUACACGAGAAAAGAGGAAGAUGCCAGAACCGUGAGCAAUCCGGAGGGAAGUUUAAUGCAAAAAGAGGUAACAAUAGAGGUAGAAUUUAUAAAAGAGGUAGAGGAGGCCCCAAAAGAAACGACAAGCUAACACAAGUAGCACUUGCAGCAGCACAAACAGCACUCGCAGAACAAUAGAAACAACAGA